GACCGAACCAACUCUAUGGGAGGGGAGGGGAAAACUCCCUCACAUGGUACAACCCAUGCAGAGGCUGCGCGCUGCAGUGUCAAUGCGAAACGUGUGAAGUGUCAUUUAAGAGAAGAUAGACUCACUAACGUGACAAAUGUAAAAAAAAAAAAACCUUGACCGGCCCAAAAGUGAAGCGGCCCACCGGGAAUUCUCCCGGUUCUCCCGAUUACCCACCCCGGGCCAAAAGUGAAAGUAAAACUAAGCAAAUAGCCUACCUAAUCAACUCUAUUAUCGCUGCUUGUUUUCCAAUAGAAUGGACAGGCAAUAAUUGCUUAAUUUGGAAAUAUGACAGCAGAAGAUCAAGAUCAAAUCUCCUAUUUUCUACAAAACUACAGUCACCCUGGCGCUCAGUGCAAGCUCUGAACGCCAUGUUACUGUGUACUGUACUGUACUUCAUGUACAGUGUUUGAGGACUUUCUGUGAUCACACCAACGGAUUAAACUCUACAACAUAUUAUUUUAUAGAUUUCUGGCCAUGUUAAAUUUUAAAAUCAUUAUUAUUCUUACUGUCAUUGUCCCUCUUAACUAUAAAGUUUGUUUUUGUGGAUGUUCUCGAGCAGAAUAUAAGAUACACAACCAGUGCUGCCCCAUGUGUACUGCUGGAAAUUAUGUUCUCUGGCACUGCACAGAUGAUACCAGUACAAUCUGUGCACCCUGCCCUAAAUUCACCUUUAUUGAUGAAUCGAAUUGCCUCACAAAGUGCUUUCCUUGCAUUGUGUGUGAUGCAGGACAAGGUUUAAAAAUAUAUGAAGCCUGCACUAGAUCUUCAAAUACUGUUUGUGUGCCACUGGAGGGAUUUUACUGCAUUCACCGAAUUAAAGGCAGCUGCUCUAUAGCUGUGAAACACACUAAAUGUGGUCCUGGAAAAUACAUCAAACAAGCAGGUACUGCAUCCACAGAUACUGUGUGUGAUGACUGUAGUGGUGAAACAUAUUCAAAUGGAUCUUUCUCAUCCUGUUUGACACACACAAAAUGUGAGGCCUUGGGGCUUAUCGAAAUAAAACCAGGAACACAUUCAUCUGAUGCUGAUUGUGGAAAUUCCACUGCUGUUUCCACCAUCAUCACAAUUAUUGUUAUAGGAACUGUAUUACUAUUAUUAUUUACAUCACUAAUCGUGAUUGUAUAUAUUUGGAAGAAAAAAUCUACAAGUUCAGGUUGCGACAUGUUAGCCGCACAAGGGUGCCAACUUGGGACUUACCAGUCAUGCUGGAAGGGCUCUCGUCGGCUCCGUUCGAGCCAUUUGAGACUUUGCCAGAUAGGUUUCUGGCCUUUUAAGACUGUGUUCCUUCUGGCUAUUACUUCUUUAAAGCGAGUGGGGGACCUUCAGGCCCUGUCAGUAUCCCCUGGAGGCCCUUUGUCCUCCCCCCUUCAGGAGCGCGGACCAAGAAAAGCUGAAUUUGGUGUGUCCCAUGCGAGCACCGGACACAUACGUUCACAGGACUGCUCAGUGGAGGAAGUCCGAGCAGCUAUUUGUGUGCUUUGGUUCACCCAGAAAAGGUUUACCAGCGACCAAGCAGACUCUGAGCAGAUGGAUAGUAGAUACUAUCUCACUGGCUUAUGA